UUUUGUUGCUCUGAGCGACGAAUGCUAAAGGUUUGCUAGCAUAGAAGCUAAAGUCGAAUGGCAAGGUUUCCUCAAUGGAAAUAUUUAGCUUUAAUUAACUGAAUACCCCAGAAACGUUAUUUUUUUCACUUGUCGUAUUUAUGACUGAUUUCAGUACACAGUUUAGUACAAAGUUUAGUCAAUAAUUUAAAUUUGUCUUUUUCUUUGCUGAUACACAUUGAGGCAGCUCUGCUGUCUGGCUGAAAACACAAUGGCUAAUAUGAUAGAAAAUCAUCCGCCUGCUUUAGACAUUCGGGCAUUUUGGAUUACGAAUGGAUGUUAUUAUUUUCCUAGAUUCCUGAGAGAAAUGCCUUAUAGUCUAACAAUAUACAUUCAAAGAAAGUUUGUCUCCAAAUCUGUAUUAUCUGCCAGACACAUAAAGAACACCUACCCUUGAAUGCUUUCAUUGAGAGUUAAAUUCUCCCCCAAAGAAACUCUGAAGAUUAUCAUUUGCCAUGCGGAUCAGUUUGUGCCAAGGUCUGUUAACGGGUGCCAUCAUCCUCAACCUCCUCAUACUAUAUUAUGUUUCUCGAGCCCAGCAGCAGAUGAUGGAGAAAAGGAAGGAGCUCGGGAGGGGUUCAAGGAGAGCUGUGCGGCCGGCUUCCCCUUUUGGCGGUGCCUUAGGUGAGCAUGGAGGAAUGGCUGCCGAGGGACAUGGCAGGGGGCCACGAGUGACUGUUCUUCUUCGGGAAUUUGAAAACUUUGAGAAUUAUGUUGGGGAUGUAGCCAGUUCCUUCCUCCGUCAACGUCCAGAGCUUCCCUUUCUGGCUGUGGCUGACACGUUUCCAUACCCGCCCCUUGUGCUUCCAGAGGGUGCACGGCUUUUGGUUCUCUCUCCCAGCCCCGAACAGCCUCCCCAGGCUCAUAGGCCGGAGUUUCACGUUCAGACAGAGUUUGUGCUGUUGGUGCCUGAUGGAGUGGAGCUGGAGCAACCAAGAAUUUUUGAGAGACUUAUUAAAGAGUUGGAAGGUGAAGGGGGAGGACCUGUGAGGUUGGUAGCUGUGCCUGUAUUAGCGCGAUCUGCAGUGCAGUGUCUUCAUCUGCGUGUGAAUCUCAAAGAGUGGACUGCCACCUACUCACCGGCCGCCUCAGGGAGCAGUGGGAGUGUGUGCACAGCUUUACAAGGAGAUGCGGUAGUCCUGAUUCGAACAGAGGACCUUUUUAACCUGUCAGUCCCCCUGGGGCGUCCCCUCUUUCCUGCCCUCUUUGUUCAGACUACUUUGAGGGGCUGGAAGGUCAAGCUGCUAGAGAGCCCUUGUUUCUCUGCAAACCACCGGCCACUUUUCAACUCUGCUCAUAAUCAGUGGAAGGCCGACACUAUACUGAAGGAAGCUACAGGAAGGCUCAUGAGAAACUUUGGUUUGAAGCGUCUCCUGCUUCCCGAGGGAAAGGAGCAGUGGUUUGGCUGCACCAAAGAGACUCCUCGCUGCUUUGGCACUGUGCAGGAUGACACUCCAGACUACCUGUAUUUGGACCGCUGGACUCCUCCGUGCUGUCUGCGAGCGCUGAGAGAAACAACCAAAUAUGUCAUCAAUGUCCUGGAGAGCUCCGGCGUGCGUUACUGGCUAGAGGGCGGUUCUCUUCUUGGCGCUGUCCGCCAUCAAGAUAUCAUCCCUUGGGAUUAUGAUGUGGACCUGGGUAUCUAUUUGGAGGACGUGCCCAACUGUGACCACCUGAAGAACCUGGACUCAGGCUCUCUGGUAGAUGCUAAUGGCUAUGUAUGGGAGCGGGCUGUGGAGGGUGACUUUUACAGAGUUCAGUACAGUGAGGCGAACCACCUGCAUGUGGACCUGUGGCCUUUCUACUCACGCAACAGCGUCAUGACUAAAGAUACUUGGACAGAGCACAAACAAGACGUAGAGUUCCCAGAACACUUCCUGCAGCCUCUGGUGCCCAUGCCCUUUGCUGGCAUCACGGCUUAUGGCCCCAACAACCAAAGGGCCUUUUUGGAGCUAAAGUUCGGAGAGGGUGUGAUUGAGAAUCCCCAAUAUCCCAAUCCCAUGAAAAAAAGACUGGAUAGAAGCAAAUUAUGAGCGACAGUUGGGGCUCUAAGACUCUUUUAUAUGUUGCACUGUAUUUAUUUGUUUACUGAAAAAAAAUACCUCAAAAAGUUUUCUUUGAAUGAUGUGAUUUUAGCAAGGUCAUAGCUAUAACGGUUUGAGUGUAACUAGCAUUACAAGCUGCCAAUAUUGUAUUCGAAGCUGCUCUAGGUUUUGUAAUGUCAGAUUUAAUUGUAAAAUAACUUAAAGUUUGAAUGUUAUAUCUGUUCUUUAAGAGAUGCACACCCUUAAAAAGGCUACUAGUCCGGACACAAUUAACAAUCAUUAACUGGUUCGCUGUAUAGUUGACUAAGUGUAUUGUAUAGCAUUAAUGUAAUGGCUGUGAAGGUAAAUUUUUUUUUAAAUGUUAAAGCUCUUUAUGGUAAAAGUUGUGAUUACCUGCAGGUUUUGAAAUUUAAUGCACCCAAUGAUCUCAGUUCUGUGGUAUUUGUUUUAAAGUCCUUUUAGUGCUGCCCUCGUUGGGUUGAACAACAUUGCAGUUGAAUUUUCCUGUUGGUUCAAACAUUACAUGCUGGUAACAUCUCUUGAACAAAUAAGACUGUUACUCUUCGAUGACAAGAAGAGGAGUUGAAGUGUUUGAAAAAAAAAAUUUCUACUUCCAUAUCUUGUGUGAUGUUGUAAGCCUGAGGUCCGUCCACUAUACUGGCCCCUCUAGAACCGGCCAGAAAGUUGGGUACAGUCGGGAAAAGCCACCCUGAGUAUAAAAUGUCACCAACACCGUGUCUGCAACAUUCAGCGCAUCUCGUUUCCAUGUAAAAUGUUGAUGGUCGACAUAAACCAGCCUUUAGAGAGCAACAUAAAGCUAGCAGCCAAUAAGGCUCCGCAAAGCCUUCCUCAACCUCUGGCGUCAAGGAGGUUAAAAAAAUCCUCCACCUCCAAAGGUUUGUCCAUGACGUAAUUUCCAGUGUCAGUCUGCUUGCUGUCCAUGCUUUAAUAAGGCUAGCUAAGCUAGCUGCCACUUUCUUCCGUCCUGACCACACCGCACAGUUGACAUGUCCCCGGUGGUCGCCUGCACUUUUUUACUGUCCCAAAACAAUGUCACACUACAGUACACAGACAAAUGUCGAGCACUAGGACCAAUCGGAAAACUGAAGCCCGCUUCCCUGAGUUUAGACAGCCAGUAAGCUCCUGAUUGGCUCACCGUCUUUUCUUGUUUGAUUUGCUGUCACUCCUGAGCUCACGUCACAAACAUCUGAUGCGCCGCUGAAUCGGGUCUGUGAUUGGAUGGUAAAAACGCAGAAGUUAGUUAUAUUAAAAAAUACUUGCAUCCCUCCCACUUCUGAACUUAAAUUUCAUCCAUGACCCUUUCUAAACCCCAGCUCCUGAUCUCAGUAAUUAGCCUUGCAACUUAGAGACUUUCAUCACUGUCGGUGGUGUUUUUCUAAAUUUAUCAGGGCUGUAUUUAUAUGGAGUGAGUUACACUUCAACUUAUUUGGCCUUAAUUUUCCCCACUGUGUCUUUCUUGUGUGUUAUUAUUCUAGCAUUCUCUCCCCUUUCACAUUUCUCUCAUACAUUGGAAUACAUUUACAAGAAAAUUAAACCUUAAACACAAACUAAACAUUAUAUUAUGGAGUCUUACAUAGAACAUUUUGAGGGAAUAGAAUAAUAGUACCAGGGUAGGGCUGUAACAUUGCAUAACUAUGCCUAUAUUAUUAUCGAAAGUUGUUGAAAUACUCAUACUUAUUAAGUUGCAUUUUCCUCUUUAUGUUCCUUUAUUCAAAAUUGUCCAUCCAGCUACAAUUUGUGACAGUUUUGUUAAUUCUGCAUUCCACAGUGAACACAUUUGUUUUUGGUAUUGCACAUCCUAUAAAUGAUUGUUAGAGCAGGUCGAUGUAAUCUAGUUACAAACUUGAAAGAGAAAAAAAACAAAUAAGUCACGUUUCAAGGGUGAAGCUGGCUAAUAUUAGAAUCAACCAGACUGAAAUAGUCACAAAGAAAGCAGAAAUUAUUAAUAUAUAUAAAAAAAAAAAUCUGCAAUCUGUCUCUCAGUUACCCUGUUUUGUUUAUGUUUUUGGCCUUUUCUGUAUCUUACAGUUACUUUUCAAUUGACAGGAUAAUAUAACUUUUUUAUUUUUUAAGCUAUGCUUAAUUCUGCAUUCUUGGUGUAUUGUUGUUCCAUGCACGGUUUUUUUUUUUUUUUAAGUUUGUUUUGUGUAACAAUCUUGUUUAAAAUUAAAGAAUAAAAGCUUGACUAUCUUAAAUUCAGAGCAUCAUACAUUUUGAAUAAUAAAAGCUGCAUAUGAAGGUAUUUUCUUUAAAAUGUAGAUAUUUGUAAACUUUACAUGAAGGUGAACUUGCAUGUACCAUUUACGGAGUUUGUUUACGUUUUUUUUAUUUAAGUUUUCCUUAAAUAAAUGCAAUUUUUAGGUUCACUGAGAGCAAGCUUGAUUCACCGGUAGAAUAGAUUGCAUAAUGCACAUGUUCGUAACCAUACAGUGCCUUGCAAAUGUAUGCAUACCCCUCAACAGUUGCAGCUACAACUGUAUUUUAUGAUUAAAUAUUAAUAGACAGUAAUUUUUUAAAGAGGAAGCAAAAUAAUGCUUAGGUUUCUGUUUUUUCUAAUAAAUAAUGAAAGGAUGAUGUUUAGUUGUACUCAUUCUGCUAUUGUCAAUCUAAAACAACUUUACAAAUUUAGCGUGAAUCUUUACUGCUGUUCAAAUAGCUGAAUCUCAAUUAAAUUGAAUAUAACGCUGAUGUUACUAUUGACGCUUUAGCUCUGAAUAUUCUUACAUAUGAAUAUGGUUGAGCUAAAAAUUUAAUUUUCUUUCUAUUUAACAAAUUAGCGCCGUUUUUUGUUGGUCAGUUUCAUUUUAAGAUGUUUUUUUAUAGGUACAGGUACUUUGCAAGGAAUUGCAUACAAGUCAUAUGUCUGGUUUUGUCAUUAAAUUUUAUUUUUUUCUGCA